CACUCGCAAACACACACACACACACCCGCAGGUGGCACACACACACACACACACACACGGGGUUGGCACACACACACACACUCGCGGGGGCACCGGCGGGCACAGCCUCCCUGCCCAGCGCUCCCGCUGCCCGCAGCAGCCGCCCCCAGCUCCAUCCAGCCCGAGCUGCCGAGCAGGGGGCGGCCCCGGGGCUGCGGCACCCCCGGCCCCUCCGGGCCCCGUGGCUCCUCCCGGGGGAGCGGCCAGCGCGGGGAGCGCUCCCGGCGCGGCUGCGGGAGCGGCCGGCUCUGCUCCGGGAAAGCAGCCCUGGAGCCGCAGGAACAAGAUGCCCGUGAAGUUUAAUCUCUCCUAAGAGGAAAAACCACGGAGAGAAAACAAAACCCCAUGGAUCCCCUGUACUUUUCCAGCACGUUCAGCAUGGAAGCCGCUCCCGGCGAGGCGAACUCCUCCCUGCUGCCCAACGCGACGGAGAACGGGACGCUGGCGGAGCCGCCGCCGUUCCAGUACAUCCACAAGGUGCUCAUUCCCAUCUGCUACCUGCUGGUGUGCGCCGUGGGGCUGAGCGGCAACGCCCUGGUCAUCUACGUGGUGCUGCGCCACGCCAAGAUGAAAACGGUCACCAACAUCUACAUCCUCAACCUGGCCGUGGCCGACGUGCUCUUCAUGCUGGGCCUGCCCUUCCUGGCCACCCAAAACGCCAUCUCCUACUGGCCCUUCGGCUCCUUCCUCUGCCGGCUGGUGAUGACCGUGGACGGCAUCAACCAGUUCACCAGCAUCUUCUGCCUGACGGUGAUGAGCAUGGACCGCUACCUGGCCGUGGUGCACCCCAUCAAAUCCACCAAGUGGAGACGCCCCAGGGUGGCCAAGCUCAUCAGUGCCACCGUUUGGACCUUCUCCUUCUUGGUGGUGCUGCCCGUGAUCAUCUUCUCGGACGUGCAGGAGGACUUCCAGACGUGCAACAUGAACUGGCCGGAGCCGGUCAACGUCUGGUCGGCGGCGUUCAUCAUCUACACCUCGGUGCUGGGCUUCUUCGGCCCGUUGCUGGUCAUCUGCCUGUGCUACCUGCUGAUCGUGGUCAAGGUGAAGUCCUCGGGGAUCCGCGUGGGCUCCACGCGGCGCCGCAGGUCGGAGCGGAAGGUCACCAGGAUGGUGGUGAUCAUCGUGGUGGUCUUCGUGUUCUGCUGGCUGCCCUUCUACACCAUGAACAUCGUCAACCUGAUCCUCAUCCUGCCCGCCGACCCCGUCCUGGAGGGGCUCUACUUCUUCAUGGUGGUGCUGUCCUACGCCAACAGCUGCGCCAACCCCAUCCUCUACGGCUUCCUCUCCGACAACUUCAAGCAGAGCUUCCAGAAGGUUCUCUGCCUCCGGAAGGGCGACGGAGCGGAGGACGGAGACCCCGUGGAGCACAGGCAGGAGAACAGCAGCCGCCUGCAGGAGUCCAUGCUGACGCAGAGGAACGCGGAGUUCAACGGGCACAUGCAGACCAGCAAGGUCUGAGGGCACGGCCCGGCACUGCAGAGUCCCUGGAGGACUUGGGGACUUCAACUGGAGCAGGGCCUGACACUGCAGAGUCCCUGGAGGACUUGGGGACUUCAACUGGAGCAGGGCCUGGCACUGCAGAGUCCCUGGAGGACUUGGGGACUUCAAGGAGAGCAUGGCACUGCAGAGUCCCUGCAGGACUUGGGGACUUCAAGGAGAGCUCAGUUCAUGCAAAAGGAAAAUGUGGAGCCCCAGAAGCUCCCAGCAAUGUACACAGAGGGCUCUUCCCUGCUUUUCCCAGCUGGAAGUGCCAAGCUCUCGUGGUGUCCUGAUGGAUUUGAUGUCUGGGACCACUUUGGGUCCUCCAGGGAAUGAUUUUCAGGCUUCAUACCCCUUUAGUGAUGCAAAUCAACACUAAGCCAGUUCAAUUCCCUUGUUAAGCUUGGUUUAAGGCUGCUUUGCACUGCUGGGAUCAGCUCUGAGCAGCAAACAGCUCAGCUGGGAUCUUUGGGAAUUCUUCAAGGGGAUUUCUGAAAGGAAAAUGAGAUUUCUUCAGAGUUUCAUGCAAAAAAGGCACCAGCACUGCUCUGGAAUGGGUUCUGAUGUGCUGCGUGCUGCCUUUGCUUUGUUUUCCUGCCAUGAACCCAUCCCAGGGAGCCAGAACAGCCAGGAACCCUUCAAACACAGCCAGAAAGGAUAAAAAAACAAGAUUAGGAAAACAUUGUGGAAAGGAAUCAGUGUAGCCAUGACAUUUCCACCUUCCCACCCCAUGAAAUGUGCUGUGACCCCGUUGUGAUGUCAGUGCUGAUGGCCGUGGGCUCCUGGGCAGAUUUUGUGUCCAUUCCUUGGUUCUGAGUGUAAGUCUGGACUCAAAGCUGUAUUUUCAGAAAUUAAACCCAGCUCAAUCCUGCUGACUGGUGCAGUUUCCAGGGGGUGUUUGUCAAUCCUGGAGGUUUUUCCCAACUUUAAUGAUUCCAUCAUUCCAUUUAUUCUGUUGGAUGUGACACUCAGAGGAUGCACCCAGAGCCUGGCUGGAACCAUGAGUAAUUUACUCCCAGGUUUCUCCCACUAGCAGGCAGUGCCCACAUUCCAAAUCCCAGCACAGCCAGGUUUAGCUGAUUAAUUAAUAAAAUUAACUUUUCCUGUUGGUUUGGUGUGAGCUGGGCUGUGAUUCCCUCAGUUUUCCACCUGAAAUGAUCCCUCCUGGAAGCUCUGGAGUGGGAAAUGACUGGAAAGCUCAAGGUUGGGGCAGGAAAAUCUGCUUUGGAAAGAAAAAAGAUUUUAAUAAAUUCAGAUUUCUGGGAAGGAGCUAAACCCUGUUUUGAGCAGAGCAAAGAGCAUUUGUCCCUUCCUUCCAUGGAGUUUGAUCAAAUCCUUGGAAUUAACCAAGGGAAGUUUUGUCUGGGGGGAAAAGAGGUGGAUAAACCUGGGCCUUGUUUUCCACCCGCCCCAGGCUGAUCCCACAUCUUUUCCCACCCCCGGAUCAGGACUGGGGAUCCCAAUUCCCAGAAAACAGAAAUUCCAGCCAGCCCAUCCAGCAUUCCCGUUGGUAAUGCUGAAAUCCAUCAUAUUUAAGGAGCAAAUUUAGGAAAGCUUUCAAUGCCCCAGUUCCCAGGAAAAUUCCAACCAGCAGCUCCCUGGGGAAUUCAGUGCCAUGGGAAUGCUGCUUUGCAGGAGUUUAUUUUUUUCCUGACCCAAGGAAUUUUUUUUCUGGGAGCAGCUCCUGCAGAUCAUCUCUCCAGUGCCACUCAGCCUUUGCUCCACGGGAUUCCCUCCCCAUCCCAAAAAAUCUUUCCCCAGACCUGCUCGGUGCCUUAGGAAGCUCUGCUGGCUUUUCCCUGAACCCCAAACGCCGAUCCUGGGCUUCUCCUGGCAGCUUGGCAGUGGAAUUUUGAGGAGCCAGCUGAGCUGCCAACCUCCCUGCACACAUUCCAUCAAAACAUGUCAUCCUUCCACAAAGACUGACAAACUCCCUGGAAAAUCUGUCCUCCCAGCCAGCCCUCCCCAGGAGGCUCCAGACAGCACCGACACUCCCCAGAUCCCUUUUUUCUCCACACAUUCCAGCCCCAAUCCCUCAGCCCCAGCGAUUGAGUGACAUUUUUAAUACCUCGACAGACAAUCCUUCCAAAUUCCAGCUUAUUCAGCUUUUCCUUUGAUUCAUCCAAGGAUUCCAAAUGUUGGCUCUGCUCUGCUGGAAAAAAAACAACAAACCCACCCACGGGAAGAUCAUGGAAAAUUUGCCUGGUGCCUACCUGACCUUCAGGAGGUGGAAAAAAUCAUUUGGAUAAAAUAAAAAUGAAAUAAAAUAAUAAAUAAAAAAUAAACUGGGAUUUCUGUUUCAGGUUCCAGCUAUGAAUAUUCAAUGAGAUCCAUGCAAUAAAGGGAAUUCCAGCUGCUGGAUACCAAAGGAUGGGAAGGAAGGGUGUGUGGAAAAAUCCACCAAGCAACCUUUGGGAUACAGGAGCAGCUUCCUUCAGGGAUUCACUUUUUAUUCCAUGAAAAAUGGGUUUAAUUGAGGGGGGAAAUCAUGGAUUCAGUUUGGACAAGUGGCAUUAGGAGACAGCAAUUCCAAAGGGCAGAUUCCAGGUGGGCAUCCCAGAGGGUUUGGGAUUCAUGGGAACUUCCUGGGUUUCAGCAGGGUAACCAUGGAAUCCUCUGGCUUUGGGAUCUCUCCUGGCUGCUCCCUAAGGGAGGAAAAAUCCAGGAAAGUGCCUGAAGUGUGGAAUUUAUCCUUGGAUUUAAGUGUGGAAUUUAUCCUGGGAUUUGUCAGUGGCUUGACGUUGGAGUAAGAGCAGGGCACACAUGGAAUUUUUGCACCUUCCCUCUGUUAAACUCCCAGCUCUCUGUUCCCUGAGGUUCCAGGGCUGGGAUUAUCCCUGGGAUCCAAACAUUCCCUGUGCCACAAAGUCCUGGCCCAGCCUUGAUCCACCAGCAGCAUCCUUAAAUCCUACAAAUCCCAUUUUCCAGUGCCUGUCCCUGCUCCUUGGAACUGCAGCCGAGGCAGGGGCGGCUGAUUUCAUCCCCGGAUUUAUUCCCAGGAUAUUUUCUCCAGCUCCAGCCCCUGGCUCACCUGGGAUGCCUCAGCUGCUCACCUCACCCUGCUCCUGGUGUUCCUGGAUCCUCCAUUCCCACCCUUUUGGGCGUUGUUUGGAGAACUCCAUGGAAAUCCGGCGCUGUUGCCAUGGGAUGGGCGGCGCUCCGGGGUUUCUGUGUUCCCUCUCCCUUUCACACUUAAUCCUCCCUAUCUGCCCAUCAUUCCCUGGAAAGUCACGGCAGGUGAAGCUGUCCCUGCUGGCUCCCUGCUCCUGAGCCUUUAAGCCCCGGAUCCCGUUCCUGACCUCGAGCCAGGAGUCAUCCCAAAGGCUGGAUGGAUCCCACUCCCUCAGCCUGGGAUGAACCCGCUGUGCUUUCCCAACGGGAAAAGCAGCAGCCCUUGGAAAAAGUUGGGAAUGAACAACCCUGGCCUGUGGGGGUGGGAGAUAAUGGAGGAAUUUCUGUGGGGAUUUGGCCCUGGAUGCAAACACAGCCCAGGCCUGGAAGUGCAGUGUCCUGGGAAUUAUCAGGGAAGAGUUUUCCCUUCACCUUCCAUGGAUCACCUCUGCUGGCUGGAUUUGGGGUUUAUAAUCCCGGUGCAUCCCUGUGGGAUGGGAGAUCCAGGAUUGCAGCCUCCCCUGCUCCAGAGGAUCCUUAUUUCAUAUUCCAGAGGGAGAUUUGGGGCUUUUCCCCUCCCUGCUCCAGAGGUGAAUCCCACCACGGUUUUCUCUGGAGAAUCUUCUAGAAAAAAAAUAAAGAAUAAAAACCCCUUCAAGGCCUCAAUGAA